AUGAAACUGGAUGAGACCAUAACUCUGCUCAGACAGGGCAAACACGUCUCGGAGGAGACCGUGUUCGUGCUGUGCUUGCGGGCGCAGGAGUUGCUGAUGAACGAGGCGAACGUAACGCAUGUAGACACACCGGUGACGAUUUGCGGGGACAUUCAUGGCCAACUGCACGACCUGCUGACAUUGUUCGACAAGAGCGGAGGCGUGGAGCACAACAAAUAUAUCUUUCUGGGGGACUUUGUGGACCGUGGGUUCUACUCUUUGGAGAGUUUUCUACUGCUGUUGUGUUACAAGUUGCGAUAUCCAGACCGAAUCACGAUGAUUCGCGGGAACCAUGAGACGCGACAGAUCACGAAGGUAUACGGGUUCUACGACGAGAUCAUGCGCAAAUAUGGUAACAGCAACGUGUGGCGAUACUGCUGCGAAGUGUUCGACUAUCUUUCGCUGGGCGCCAUCAUCAACGGGCGUGUUUUCUGCGUGCACGGGGGACUGUCACCGGACGUGACUACCAUCAACCAGAUUCGAGCCAUCGACCGCAAGCAGGAGGUACCGCACGAAGGUGCGAUGUGCGACCUAUUGUGGAGCGACCCGGACGAGGUCAACACUUGGUCGCUGUCCCCGCGAGGAGCUGGAUUCCUCUUCGGGAAGAACGAGGUGGAGCAGUUUCUGCACACCAACGACUUCGAGCUCAUUGCGCGCGCGCAUCAGCUCGUGAUGGAGGGCUACAAGGAGAUGUUUGACGGCGGGCUGGUCACAGUGUGGUCCGCACCCAAUUACUGCUACCGCUGCGGAAACGUGGCAGCGGUGCUGCGCAUCGAGGACACUCUCGACCGCAACUACAUGAUAUUCGAGGCUGUACCUGCUCAGGACGACGUCGGCAACGCCAUUAUUCCUACCAAGAAGCCACAGAUGGACUACUUUCUGUAA